AGAAUUGAAGGACAUCCUCUUAGGAUUCUGAGAGAAAUUGUUUGCUAAUCCAAGGUGUACCUUGGGAAGUAUGGGGCUGGAAAUGCUGCUACCAUGGACUGUUGAAGCUGAGUUUGGAAUCAGCUGCUCUUUCCCACUGGAUGCUACUGUGUAUCAUCGAUGGUCUCGGCCGCCGGACAUCAUCUCCUUCUGUGAAUCGGCGCAGUCUCUCCGGCAAGUUCAGCAGACUCACGCUCAGGCCGUCCUCCAUGGCGUCCUCCCGGCCAGCAUUUCAGUGUCCGCGGCGCUCAUUCUCCGGUACGCGCUCUUUGGGUCGAGCCAGAAAACCUGCCAGAUUCUUUUUUCGCAGAGCGCCGGAUUCGCUCGCUCGCCGUUUCUCCACAACACCCUCAUUCGAGCGCAUGGGAUGCUUGGGGUGUGUUGCAGGGAUGGGUUUUUGGUGUAUAAUGAAAUGUUUAGGAGCUGUGUCAUGCCGGAUGAUCACACUUUCCCCUUUGUGCUUAAGCUGUGUUCGGACUUUUUGGAGGUCCGGAAAGGGUUGGAGGCUCAUGGGAUGCUGUUGAAGCUGAGCUUUGAUUCGGAUGUGUAUGUGAAUAAUACUCUGUUGAGUUUCUAUGGGAGCUGCGGGGAUUCAUUGGCCGCACGAAAGGUGUUUGAUGAAAUGCCUGAGAAGGAUCUGGUGUCUUGGAACUCGGUUAUCCGGGUGUUUUCAGACAAUUCUUGCUGCACACUGCCUGUUUGUGCAGCCCUUGAGGAUAGCAAGGUGGGUAGGGGAAUUCAUUGUUGUAUUUUCAAAGUGGGUUUAGAUACUCAACUUAGCAUCGGGAAUGCAUUAAUUGACGCAUAUGGUAAGUGCAGAGAGGUGGAAGCUUCAAGACGAGUGUUUGAUGAGAUGACCGAGAGGAAUGAUGUCACAUGGAAUGCAACCAUUGUCAUCUUAGGUUACAAUGGGUGUUAUGAACAUGCAUUCUCUAGUUUCAGGGAAGUUCAUGGUUUCUCUGUGAGGAUGGGUUUGGAUAGGGAUGUCUUUGUAUCAAACUCACUGAUUGAUAUGUACUCUAAAUCAGGGCAUUCGACAAGAGCGUCCAAUGUAUUUCAUCAUAUGGACAAGAAGAAUGCCAUAUCGUUUAAUGCAAUGAUUGCAAACUUUGCACAAAACUCUCUGCAGCAAGAGGCUAUAGCUCUUCAUGUGCCAGGCUGGCAUACAUUCGCCCCGGGAAGGAAAUUCAUGCAAAGUCACUCCAUUGCGGAAAUGGGCCAUCUUGGAAUGAAACAUGACACUGUUUCAUUCGUGGGGGCCCUCUCUGCGUGCUCUAACGCUUCUGAAAUCAAGAAAGGAAAGGAGAUCCAUGGUUUUGCUGUCAGGAGAAUCUUCCAUUCACAUCAAUUCGUUGCGAAUUCGCUCUUAGAUUUGUACACAAAGUGUGGGCAGAUUGAUAUCUCCCGGAGGAUCUUUGACCGUAUGUCACACAGGGAUGCGGCGUCUUGGAACACCAUGGUUUUAGGGUAUGGAAUGAUUGGUCAAGUUCAAACUGCGAUUGAUUUAUUCGAAUCCAUGAGAGAUGAUGGGGUCAAAUAUGAUUCAGUAUCCUAUAUCGCGGUCCUAUCAGCCUGUAGCCAUGGAGGGCUAAUCGAACAAGGUAGGAGAUUCUUCGACGAGAUGAUUGCUUGUAAUGAUAUCAAACCAACAGAGAAACACUACGCAAACAUGGUGGAUCUACUUGGGAGAUGUGGCCUUGUUGAUGAAGCUGUUCAUCUGGUUCAAAGCUUACCCAUUGAAGCCGAUUCCAAUGUAUGGGGUGCUCUUCUUGGAGCUUGCAGACUACACGGGAAGCUGGAUUUGGGCUGUUGGGCCGCGGAUCAGUUGCUCAAACUGAAGCCGAAUCACUCCGGGUAUUACGCACUGCUGUCCAACAUGUAUGCAGACGCCGGGAGGUGGAAGGACGCGGAUCGAGUUAGGGAGCUGAUGAAGGUGAAAGGGGUGAAGAAAAUGCCUGGGUGCAGUUGGGUUCAGAUGCAGGAUCAGGUUUAUGCUUUUAUUGCUGGGGAAAGAUUUGAACAAUUGGGUUCACAUUUUGUGGGUAGAGAAGUCUGACUGACUGAAAAGAAGGUGAGACGGUUAAUUUAGAACACAGAAAGUACUUUGUAUGGAGUACUUUUUGUAUUUUAUUGGACGCUAUAAUAUCUGUUUAUACAUGCUCUCCAACCUACUUAAGAAUGAAGAGUUAAUGGUUUC